AUGGACGAUAAUGAGAGCUGCAGCAGCAGAGCGGUGGAUUCGUCGCUGACGCACACUAGGCAGCAGCGCCAGAAGCUCGAUGUCUACAACGAGGUGCUCCGCCGCCUCAAGGACAGCGAGGACGCGGGGCUCCCCGGCUUCGAUGACGAGCUCUGGGCUCACUUCAACCGCCUUCCUGUCCGGUAAUUAUCGCCAUCCUGAGCCAUUCUUGCCCCGCCCCCUCUUCCUUCUCUUGUUACCUUUGCAUCGCUUCUCUUUCAGAUGGGAUAGUUGGCGUUUAUAUUUCAUACCAUCCUUCUCGCUUCGCUCUGUUGAAAAACCUUGAUUCCCCUUGACUCAGCUACGAUCCUGCACUUCAUGUUGGCGAUCAAAGCAUUGCUUCAUGACUAUCCUUCUUGGAGAUCCGCUUUCUACGUCGUUAUAGAAUACGAAGAAAUUCAUUAUCGUAGGGUUUCCUAUCGAUUUGAGGGAUAUGAUUUGCUGGAGCGUGCCAAGUAUACUACGGUUAACGGUGGAAUUUUUCUGGAACGUAGAUUAACGUUAUCUGCGAGCUGUGAACGCAGGUAUGCACUGGAUGUGAAUGUAGAAAGGGCUCAAGACGUUUUGAUGCACAAAAGAUUGCUGCAGUUGGCGAUGGAGUCAUCUAAUAUGCCUGCAUUUGAUGUACGCAUUGUUCAGGUGAAAUACGCUCAACCGAAAAUUGAUAGUCUACCGUUUUCGUCAUCUGACUCACUUGUUGCGUCCUAUGGGGGCGGUAGACGCCUAAAGGGACUGGUUAUCAGUUAGCUAUCGGGCCUGAAGAUAUCCUUCGUCGCUCGGUAUGCUGUGUUUUCAGUGGAAGCUGUCCCUUUGGACAUAGGAUAGGAGGUUUCGCGAUGGACCGAUUUCCCUCUAGGAAAUAUCGUUCGAUCGUGACGUGCAGAAGUUCGUCUCCAUUUUCAAUAAUUAUUCCAUGAUUAAUACUCUACUAAGAUCCACGGGAAAAUAGUACUACAUUUAAGGUUAUUGAGAAAAACUAUUCUGGAACGAGAACGUGAUUAUAUUCAAACAGUAGACAGUUUUAUGUACUUUGGGGCACACCUUCAGAUAAACUUACUCGGAACAGCUAGGAAUCUAUUUGCAACGCCUGUCGUUCCAUUCUAUCGACUGUAAAAUAUCCUUGCCUUUUCGACAAGCCUUUUUCUCCGAGCCCUUUUCAUUACAAAGUGCAACUUCCAGCUUUUGUUAACUCCUGCCAUAGUUUUCCUCAACAUUAGAUUCAUUUGUUCAACUCGUUUGGAACUAGUGAAUAAUACUGUCUGCUUAACACUUAGCCAUGAAAACUGUUAUCAAACGACAUUGGUGUGGAAAACAUAUUUUCAAUUAGAUUUAAGUUUCAACCACUUAAACUUGUCAUUGAACCGUAUGAUUAUUCUAUUAGCCAUGGUUAUGGCUCAUAGAAUGUUUUAUUGGUCAUCCCCAAUCCAAUAAUUAUGAUAAUCGAUGACACUAUGUGUUCCUUAGAUAAUAGAAAUGUUUACUUCAUUUAUUCUCGAUGCACGAAUAGAAAAUUGAUUGAGGGAAUGCCUCUUGGCGACUAUUUUAUCAUGCGAAUUGACCAUGUUGAAGAAUUCUAUGCAAUGAUACUUGCAUGUAAAACUGUAAGCUUAGUAUGAUGAAGGGUAAAGGAGAACAGAAAGUCAAUUCGUCAAGACACGCAGUAUAUGCAGGAAUGUAGGGGUUUAAAAGAUCGCAUGCUCCAGACAUCUGAAUAAUAUCUUCCGCGAGAAAUGGAGUUGAGGAAAAGGAGAUGGAUUGGGCAUACUAAACUUCCACAAAAAUGCUCCAUUCGUCCUUCUAAGUUUUGAAAUUCUCAAGUCUUUUCUCUAUGUUCGAAGAAAAGUUGUAAUCCUUAUAGAGACCCUCCUGUUUCACACCUUUUUCUCCAACCAGAGUCCUUUCUUCUGAGACUCGAUGAAAUGCUUUAUUAGCUUAGGUAAGCGAAUAAGUGAUCUCUCAUAUGUUGUCGUCUUACAUAAAUGGCCAUGCCUACCUCAGUUGACUUCCACCAGAUAUCAAUGUUUUGACAGCCACUCGUUGAGGGUAAAUGGUUGAAAGUUAGGUAAAAGGCGAGGCCUUACCAUACGUAGAGAUUGUCCCGUUUUUGGAGUUGUUAUUAGACCUUUUCUAUCUGGACUGGGUAAGAAUAAAUUGAGAUACGGAGUGGUAGCCCGUCAUAGAUCUCUUGAGGCGUUAGUAUCUCAGUAACACAGCAUAUGAAGUACAGUGUCCAGCUCAUUCUGAGAAACAUCCGCUCAAUGUGCUUUGCAUAGAAUUAAAACAGCUGCUUCAUGUCAUAGUAUACUUUGGGCAUUGUGGAUCACAAUAUUUUUAAAUUAUUUGAAAAAGUCAUGAAUCAGGUUAUAUUCUCUUAGCAAUAUUGAAAGGUCUUUUCCGAUUUUCAUUUCGAAAAAAGCAACUUGGAAAGCCUAAGUUCAUUGAAACUAGCGUCCAACUGUUUGUGUGCUCUGGAAGUAGCGGCUUUUGCUUUUGUUCUUGCUUAUUUCAUUCUUGAAUAUUUCUCAGCUUCAUGCAUGUUGGGUGAUGAUUUUUCCGUCAAUAUGUACAGAUUCGACAUAUUAUGACAUUCUCCUUAUCCCUAUAGGUUCCUUCCGCUCAUGAUUCAUUUGGUUCUGACUUGCACGGGGAAGAUGAGGCACAGAGUUCCUAUACUAACUUUCGUAAGAGAAGGUUAUUCGCCUUUAUCAUAACUAUGUCUUCAAUUCGACCAUUGUAUUUUUAUGCUCUAUUUAUCUAUUACUUUCAUGUUUUGAUAAAUUUGAAUAUGAUAAUUUAAUUAUUCUUCAGCAUUCAUCCUCCGCCUGCAUUUGGGUCCUCACCUAAUCUGGAGGCACUUGCUCUCGAAGCUAGUAGAGACAAAGAGCACGUUGAAGAUGACGAUUCUGUUACAUAUACGCAGCUACCCAGGUCCUUUUUUGUCUGUUUUUUUGAUAGAAGCCUUAGUCAUAAGUUUGAUCUACAAUUUAAUUCUUCUUCUAUAGAGUUGCUGUCCGGUGUGAUUCCCUUUAAACCGUUCCUUGCUUCCUUCUCAAAGAUUCUUUUUGUUCAUUCGUAGGUUGGACGUUGUUGACUUUAAUAACAAUAUUUGUCUUUUAAGUUGGAGUCAAAUUCACCUAUUCUUGUUUUCUCUUUAAUUAGCGUUUGCCAUAUUUAAUUGACUCCUUGAUGAGUCAGAUAAAAGAGCAUUUCAAUCUAUUUUCUCUUUUGAUAUUUACCAGAAAGGUUAAAUAGAUAUUAGAUUCACCUGCAUCCACCUUCGGCUUUGAUCCAAUGGUGGCAUAAAAUAUUUAAUGUACAGAAAUGAUAAUUUUUUAAAUAUUGAUUACGAUAAUAAUUAGAAUAUUUGUUCGUUGAUCAGAUGCCAAAAAGCUGGGAUAUGUACAAGAUUGUGAUUCAGUUGAUCUCACGUAGGUGUGAGAAAGUUGGGAACCUAGGCAUGCCCUAUAUUACAUGACUUUGUCGACAUUUUUUAAGGCACUGUUCUAGUGAAAAGUGGGUAAGAUGCCUAAAGAUCGGGGCUACCUAGACUAGUGGCAUGAAAGGUUGCAAUGGUGUCAGGAUUUCUGCAAAUUCUGAAAACCCUAGUGCAGCCAUUGGUUUAUGCAUUGGAUCACGUUGUAAACGAGUGUCAUAUGUUGUGUUAUGAUAAAUGCCGUACACAUCACAUGAGGAUUCAAUGCACAUAACACAAUGGGAGUAGUUGAACUAUGAUUCACUGUGGGGGAAAUGGCGUCAAUUCCCAUUUUUAUCAACCUUGUGGCCAAAACGGAUGUGCAAACACAGUUUCCGUUAUGCACAUCACACACUGGCAAAGCAAUAGGUGAAAGUUGUUCGAAGUGGGUGCACAAGGCAUCUCUCCUGUCCGACUAAGUGAAAGGUGGUGGAGCAUUGUCCUGAUUGCCUACAAAGCCUUAACCUCCGCGUAAGCUUGAGUCCAACUUGGCACCGUGCAAAAGCGAUAUUCAGCAUUAGUGCCCAAGAUUGUGGAAGGAAAAUGAUCUCGAUGAGUGUCACAAGUGGGAAAUCACUUUCAAUAGAAAUCUCCUUUAAUAGUAUUAUUUACAACAAUAAUCUUACAAACUUCAAAUAUAUCUGAAAUCUAAGCAAAUAUCAAAUGCACCAAAUUGUCCUAAGACUGGUUCCCACUUGUUCUGUCAAUGAUUAGAAGUUCUUCAUAGGAAAAGUAACUUGAAAGGACAUCAAUGCUAAAUUGAUAAAUUACAGCAGAUAAUGUGCCGCAUGCUCUGUUUUUAUCAUCAAAUUUUGAUCAGAGUAAUUAUCCAAAUUUUAUGCGCUACAUUAGUUUACCACUUAUUCUACGAUAGAAAAUCUGUGAGGUAAUCGUUCUAGAAGGUGUAUCCGCUUUCUUCUUCUAAGAUUCAUUUUUAGUUCCCAGAAGCUUAGGAACUUCUGUCUGGUCAUAACUAAAUGACUUUGGUUCGGAUCAGUGUUGUUUUGUCCAUGAGAAUCUCUUUUUGAGAUUUCUAUAUCCAAAUUUAUUUUUAAAGGCAUGUCACUGGAUGCUGUUUCAGGUUUACAAUAGCCCUUUAGCAUUGUUGGACGUGUAAUGACAACAGUUUUGUGAAAUAUUUGCCUAUAACAUGCUUCCUCUUAUUUCUAUAUUUUUUUUUAAGUACACGCAAAGCAUCAUGAUAUUUUCUUCUCAAUGAUUGAUUCUUUCUGCCAUAUAAUGAUGGUGCAGGCCGUUACACGAAAUUGCCUUUUCAGCAGAUGACAAACCCAAGCUUCUCAAUCAGGUAAUCUCUGUUUGUCCCUUUUACUGUCUUAGUUUUCGCGGUGCCACCCAGACAUGAUCCAAUAUGAAGUGUAAAAAGUGGUAGGAUAGUCCUUUGUCAGAUUUUGAUAUAGACUUCGUUCUCUUUUUCUCUUUAGUGCAAAUACAUUCUGUGAAUUAGUUUUAUAUUUAUAAUUAUAAUAUAAUAUUGCUUUAUUGAGUGAUCAUUAAUGAUUAAUUGGAUACCAAUAAAAUCAUUCAGCUUAUCGGUACGGUCAUUAGUUUUGGCCUUUGUAGAUGCUUAUUGAACAUUGGUGAGCAUGACUUAUCUUGUCUUCCUACUUCAAAGAAGUAGGAAGACAUUAGUCUCCAUGGUGAAUCUGUUAUCGAAUAUGAUAUUUAAUCCAAUUUAAAACCGGACCAUCUUCAUCUCAGAUGGUUUACUUUAUUGCCUUUGAUUUAUGAUGAAUUUAUUUCUCCGAUCCCUGUUUUUUGACUUUUGAACUAAUUAUGGGAAGAAGUGUGUAGAAUCUUUGUAGUGCUUCAUAUAAUGUAUAAUGCAUUUUAAAUGUGUCCGUAAACUAUGAAAGUUCUGUGUUCAGUUGACGUGUCUGCUGUCUGAACUUGGUCUAAACAUUCAAGAAGCUCAUGCCUUCUCGACAAAUGAUGGCUAUUCAUUGGAUGUGUUUCUUGUCGAUGGCUGGCCAUAUGAGGUAAUCCCGCCUCUUUUUUUCUUUUAUCCGUGACUUCAUUAAAUUAUUUGAUUGAUAUUUUACUUUUUCGCUGAUUUUUUAGGUGCGUUUUAAUUUCUUCAUUUAUCAAUGAGUUUAAAUUUAAAUCAUGCAACAAUUUUGACUCGAAUCCUUAAUAACUUGCAAGUCAAAUAUUUCAGGAAACCGAGAUGCUUAGACACGCAAUAGCAAAAGAAAUUCAAAAGAUUGAGGUAAUUACUUUAGUUCUUAUCUCUUAUCUGGUGUAUGCUUCUGUUUUGGGUAACUUCAUUGAUAAUAUGAUCAUACAGAACGAUUUUUCUGUGCUGAUUUUUUUCAUUUUUUAUAAGUGCGUUCAUUUUCAUUUAAUUUAUGGGUGUUUGCUAUUCUUGUGCAUUCAUUUAUGUUUAGUGUAUUUAUAGUUAAGUUGGUUGCCAAGAUUCCCCAGAUUUGACUAGUAUUUUUUUUUCUCUCUCGAGGAGGUUAAUCUAGGUUACAGUCAAUAAAUGAAUAUAAUGGUUAGGAGAUCAAGACAAGGAUUCCAAGAACUUGUUUCGAUUUCCAAGGGUUUUUUCAAUAGCAUCAUUGGAUUAGCUUAGAUAUUUUUGUGUUGUUUGUCUAGCAGAAGUUUUUAGCUAUUGAGGAAACAUACUCUGUAGGUUUGCAGUAGAGACUAUAUAUCUCUCGAGAAGCUUGGGUUUAUAACGUGUGAAGGGGGUUGCAAGUUGAGGGGUCGACGUUGAAAUGGAUUUUAGGCAAUUAAUCUGGUUGCAUUCUAUUUUGAGGUGUAUCUUUCGACAAUUAAUCUUUAGUGGGGUAAUUUGUAAAUCCCUGUUGUCUGUUAUCAUUCAUGUACUCGUCAGCAUUUAAUGUUCUGACCUGAAAUGAUCUUAGCGUGCAAAUUUUUCAUUUCUUAAGCUUUGAUGAAGAUAGUAUUCUAUUCUUUAUCAUUUCGGUCAUUCAUUUAUGCCCUUAUUCAUGUGGAGGACCUCAACCUUCUUGGGUAACAAUUUCUUCAACUCAGAUUUAACUUUAGGUCAUUGUUUAAUGACAUCUGGUGCAUGUGAUCUUGUAAAUCAUGAGUUAUACCUGCAUAUCUUCGUGGAAAACUAAUGAUUCAUGCAUUCUGUUGUGAAUAAUGUGAUGUGACAUUACAGAACCAAUUACCACCAAGGCCUCUUUCGUCAUCUCCUAUAGCUGAUCAUGGACAAAUUGGCAAUGAAGCGACAAUUGAUUAUCUCCAAAUACCUACCGAUGGGACUGAUGUAUGGGAGAUUGAUGUCAGGCGCCUUAAUUUUGAAAACAAAGUAGCAUCUGGAUCAUAUUGUGACCUGUAAGUAUUCCAAAUUAGUGUGGAUUUUAUGUUGAAAUGGGUUGAUUAUUUCGCUGAAAUGAUGAAAGUCCUUUUCAGUUAUAGAGGGACAUACUGUAGUCAGGAUGUAGCGAUAAAAGUACUGAAGCCUGAGCGUUUAAAUGUGGAAAUGCAGCGGGAGUUUGCUCAAGAAGUUUAUAUUAUGAGGUUUGAAUGAAUAAAUAUAUGUUUUUUUCUCUGUGUGAUAUUUAUGGCUCAUUGUAUAAUGUUAUGCGAUAUUCUUCUGUGUGAUUUGAAUGGUACCAUUGACUUUUUAAUUGCCUUACAGAAGUCAGUAGUCUCAUAUUUUCCUAAGAUGGCUACAUGUGGAUGAAGUUGAUUUUGCUUUCGAACUUAAAAAUGAUAUCUUUUGGUUAGAUCAUUGUCACUGAGCAAUGGGUUAUUUGAAGGACGCUCAUUGGAAGAGAGAUUUGGGAAACUGACAGAAUAAUGUCUGUGAAACAUGUGGGAGAUGAGAGUUUCGAAAUAUAAUUGGAUUUUUUUUGAGGAACGGGAAAAUCUGUGCAUAUUUUGCUCUCGUUGCGUCACUGGAGCAACAGCUCUUCUUUGCAUUCUCCAUAAUUUUUGAACAUUUAUCUUCGCAUUAUGUGAAGAUAAGCUGACAGAAGAAAAAAAAUAGAAUGUGCUUCACAUGUUAAAAUCAUGCGUUUUGAAAUGCAAACUUGAAGAAAAACAACCUGGAAGAUCUCCUUGCUUACCAACUGCAUGUUACUGUCAUGUAAAUACGAAACCAUCUUAUAAGGUCGUGUCUCACCUUAUCUCAUAAUAUGGAGUCGAAUCCUGGUAAUCAAAAGUUGUUCAAACCGUGAAUUUCGCCAAGAGUCAGCAGAUUCUUGUUGAUUCUUAUCCAAUUUCUGCCAGUAGACUUUAAACACAUGCUUUCCCCUGGCCGGUUCUUUCAAUCUAGUUUUGCUGAGUUAGUAUUUCUCCUAUGAGUCGAAUCUUCCUGUCAAGAUUCUGAUUCUUGUUGCAUAUUUCUCCUAUGAUCCUAUGAGUCGAACCCUAAACAUUUCGAGUCGGCUAAAGUUGUUAUCCGUAUAACCAGAGCGUAGGUAGUCUCUCCACAAAAAGUGUUUCCGUCUGUAGUCAACUGAAUCUCAUAUUUUCGGUCUCUUAUUUGCAAUUAUACAGACUUGACUGAAUUAGACUCAAGUCACGAUUCAUAUCUUUCCUCUUAUUCAUGGCAAGCAAGAAGGCUGUACCACAGAAUCCCAAGUGUUAUUGGAAAUCAAGAAAGUAUCAUGUAUAGUUUUAUCGAUCUUUGUGAUCACAAUUGCUCGUCACAACUUUUUUCAUUUUCUUUGGGUUCCAUGGUGGAAAUUUAAUUUUCCAGUUAUGACUUGAGAUUUCCCUAUUGAAUUAUGACAAUCUUUGUCACCAUGUAUUCAUGGACCUGAUUAUGUAACAUUUAAAACCUGUGGUUCGUAAAACUGUUAUCAUCUACUAAUUUUAAUGCUUGUUACGAAACUGGUGGUUUAUUGGCAAGACAAUACAAUAUUGAUUUAUCCCUUGUUGCAUUUUCCAAUUUUUCCAUAGCUCACUGUGCAGUUACGAUUUUUUUAUGCCUUGCUUGAGAAACCGAUAUAUUCCGGUUAAAUUAUGCCUUCAAGAAUGAAAAGAUGAAAUUUUAAAAAGUGAAAACUCGAAAUUCUAUUAUGACGCUGAAAAACAUGUCCCCAGUAAGAUGUUCGACUUUACUUGAAUGGCUCUUCUUCCAAGGACAGACGGAUUGAUAACCCCGAGAUCUACAAGUUUAUUGAACUGUUAUCACAAUUUGAAACAAAGGAGACGACAUAGAGGCUGGAGAAGAAUCAACCGAUUAAUUCUGAAAGAAAAAAAUCGUUGAAGGUAUUUUGUUGACCUCAUUGCUGCACAAUGAUUCCAGGAGGCUACUCUUUGGUGUUCAUUAUAUUCAUUGUAUAAAUUUAUGAUUGAGGGGAGUGAUUCAAUGAAUGGAUAUUAGAGUCCCUUGUCGGUCUUAGGCUGAUGUUGAAUUUAUGAUCACAAUUCUCGAUUAGACUGAACAAUGAAGGCUAUCGAUAAUUUAGUAACUUAGAGUUUGGAGGAAAAGGUUGCAAAUAAUGAGAAUAAAUACAAUGGGUAUGUGAGAACUGUUGAAAAUGGAUAAACGACCUCUGUCACAGAGGACAGAGGGGAGAACGGUGGAAACUGCCUCGAGAUUCAUUCAUCUCUAACCUCCACUAUAUAGGGAGGAACCUUACACAAUUUCUGCAAAACACCCUCAGUUUUUCACAGAAUUGUCUAACGACCUCAGAAUUCUAACGACCUAGAAUUUUCACAAUAUCAUAAGACUGUUGGAACCUGUUUAUGACAGCUAUUAUCUGUCCUAAUUAGAAACAAGUCAGAUUAGAUAGUAGAGAACAUGUCUAAUACCAUAUACCAGAAUUGUCUUACAAAUCCAACUUAUUGCUUUGUGUAUAUGGUAUUACACAUGUUCUCUACUAUCUAAUCUGACUUGUUUCUGAUCAGGAACAUGUCUAUAAUAGCUGUCACAAACAGGUUCCAACAGUCUUAUGAUAUUGUGACCGAAAUUUCGUUUCGGAGUGAAUGGAAUGCUAGAAAAUGUUGGAGGCCUAAAUUCCUCCGCCAUCUCCUUAUUCUAAUCUGUCAUUCUGAGGGGUCAUUCUGAGUCAUCAGCUGGAGUGUUUCGCGAGUUUCUUGGUCCUCUAUUCCGGCUAAAUCCUUGAGAUGGAUUAUUUGGAGAUUAAGUUCUGUUUUAUUUUUUGAAGCCUAGCUGGCCAAGAGCUAGAAUUUACUAGCAUAUCUGGAUCGCAGAGCUAGAGGAACAGCUUUGGAUUCUGUUUAGUAGACGUGGUAAUGUAAAGUAUCUACUAUGUUAGUGGUGGUUGCAUCUAUGUUUGAGGUGAUGGAAUCACUGUACAAUCAUUGAGUGAAAGUAGUGACUCCGUAAGCAUAUAAUGCACUCUUUGCAUACAAUACAGGCUUCUUCUAAUUUACUUUUUGUAUAACCCGGCCCAGUGGAUUACAGUCUCUUUGUUUUCAUUUCUACAGGAAAGUUCGCCACAGAAAUGUAGUACAGUUUAUUGGUGCAUGCACUAAGCCGCCUAAUUUGUGCAUUGUAACAGGUAUUGUUAAAGGCUAGUGUGUUUUCGAGGCCUAUUACAUCCUCAUUAUCUUGACACUAAUGCACCAUUGCAGUUGAUGCUGAUGAUUGUGCUACUUGGCUUUCUGUUCAUUGUUAGAGUUCAUGUCUAGAGGAAGUGUGUACGAUUUUCUCCACAAACAACGGUGCACGUUUAAACUCCCAGCAUUACUCAGAGUAGCGAUAGAUGUUUCUAAAGGAAUGACCUACUUGCACCAAAAUAACAUUAUCCACCGGGACCUGAAAGCUGCCAACCUAUUAAUGGAUGAAAAUGAGGUAAUAAAUCUUGCUUCGUUUUUCACGUUUUGAUACAUACCAAAAGAUAUGUAUUUAGAUCCGACUUAUGGUUGCCUUAGUGGCAGGGAUCGAGAUUGCUUAUCUCUGUUCCAUGAUCAGAUGUGUUUCCUUUUAUCUAAUGAUCACUUGAAAAUUUAUCUAAAUUGAUUCUUCAGUCUGGUGUUUCCAUUUGUGCCUGUUGCAAACAAUUUCCUACCGAUGCAAAUUUAACUUAUUUCUUAAAGAAGCUUUCUGUUGAUGAGUAUUCAUGCGAAAAUUUGUUGUUGUGAAGAUCCUCACUGUAAUUAGAAUGAAUCGAACGAAUCGCCAAUGGAACGAUUUAUAGAACUUUCGUUGAACGUGAAUUGACAUUUGACUUUCAAAAUAUCGGGAGAAUUUUUUUCUAUCGGAUCAUUUACUUUGUUAUUAUCCAGGUCGAUGCCUGAUUUGCCGAAAAUUUUGUGGUCAGUAACUUUUAUAUACCCUUCAGGGAACAUAUAGCAGGAGUCGGGAAAAACAGAAAACCCCUUUCAGUUUUUUACUUGGUUUGAGUUGUUUUCGUCACACAAAAAUUUCUAAUAAUGUCUGCUCAAUGAUGUAUACGGAAAGUAUUUUACUCAGGGAAGGAAUAAUGUCUUGCUUUUUGAAUAAUCUGGAUAUAGUCACUUCUGCCGAUUCAUCCUGCUGUAUAUUUUUGUUAUUUCUUAUAUAAGGUUGUAUUCAGAUGGGAAAUUUUUUUACCAGAAGAACUGUGUUUAUUUGGGGGGAGUCUUUAGGUUGUCAAAGUUGCUGAUUUUGGAGUUGCAAGAGUUAAAGCUCAAUCUGGAGUUAUGACUGCUGAAACAGGAACAUACCGUUGGAUGGCUCCUGAGGUACAUGAAAGACUCUUAUAUCACAACUAUUUUGAGCUUAUACAGAAUUGCCAUCGAAAAUUUUAGUCUACAUGUUUGAGCCUAAGUCAAUAAGUGUACGUAUAUAACCGCAGUUCAUCUCUUUCUUCCGCUAUGGGGAAUUCUAGUAGGUAUAUGAUGGCAGGUAUGCGAUGAGAAAUUGUCAUGUACACAUGAGCACACCCGUCGCAUGUUAUUUUACAUUUAUUAUAUUAUCUUUGGUCGCCUGUCAUUUCAUGGGUACUGAUUGAAAAAGAAAUCUGUAAUAAUUGAUGAUAUUUAUCUUUGUGCUGCAUCUGGUUUGGACUUCUUGGUAUAGAGGCUUGCUGUUAUCUGAUUUAUAUGUUGAUGAUGACGGCUGCAUACAGUGUAAUAGAAGGAAAUAGGCUGGGGGUUUGAUGUUGUAUGGGGAAAUUUUGGAGAGGAAACAGACGAGGAUGGUGGUGUGGGGAGGUGAGUUAUCUGAGAAAUGAUGUCAUAGGUGUGGGAGGAGAUGGGGCACUGGGUGAGGUAAACAAGGCAAUGAAAUGAAGGGGAUAGAUUUCUUUUCACUCUAGUGAUCUUCCAGAACUUCUUCUUUCCGAAAUAGGAAAUUACAACUCGAUUGUUAUCCAAACUUGCCCUUUUAUUUGAUAAGAUAUCACAUUUGGACAACGACGGUGGUGGCUCUGGAGGUCAACAAUGACUAUGAAUGUCAUACCAAUCAAGCCUGUAUAAACAGAGCAUACUGGCAGAACUUUUCAGCGUGGCCCCUCCUUUUCUGUUGGUGAGGUGGAGAGGACCUUUCUGUUCGUUGAUCUGAAAAGUCUAUUCGACGUUUGUCCUAUUGGUCCGUCGUGAGGCCCAAUGUUUGUUGAUUGUUGAUAAUAAUCAUGUUGAUAAUUUUACGUGUGCGGCCUUCUGGCCCUGAAGCAUUCGACCGAGAAUUUGAAACGCCAUUGAGUGAAAUCAGGAGCACGAAAAUAGUAAAUACUUGUUCUUGUUAUGAGUGAGUGGAGAUAUGAAUUGAAUGGCAUUUGGUUUUCAAGAUAUUGAAGCGACACCUAAUCUACUGGAUCUAGAAUUCGAGACCCUGGCCAUUCCACUUCAGCUGGUUAUAUUCGAAUUUUCGAGACUUUGAGCUAUUGGGCCAUAAAAACUCUGUAUGUACGUACGUACAAGAGACCUAGAUGCAUCUAUCGUAACCUAAAGCUGACGUUGGUAACUAUUUUCGAAACAUAGUUCUAGAUUUUGAUUUUGAUACGGAUGGAAAGGUCAUCUGAACAUUCAGUGAGGAGUCUGGGUAGCUGUCACAUUCAGUGAGGAGUCUCAUUCCAUUACUGCAUUUAUGUUUUUGCUGAAUUAUUUUUUCUUAAAGAGUUUUUGCUUCUAUUCUUGGGUAGGAUGUGAAACGCUUACUUGGGUAGUAUGAAUGCAUCGAGAGGCAAUUUUAUUUAUUCUAUUAAAAUUUAAUUUACCUUUUUAGGAGCCGCCAUUUUUUAUUUGGCACUUUUUAUGUUACUUGUGAUCGCUGAACUCGCAGUGUAACUUCUGAGGUAAUAUUGCAGCCCAACAACAUGUACAGGAUGUUCUGUUAUCUCAAUAUUUUUGUCCCUCCAUCAUUCAAAGACAUAACUUAAUGUUGUUUAUUAUGAAGGUGAUAGAGCACAAACCCUAUGAUCACAAAGCCGAUGUUUUCAGUUUCGGAGUCGUCUUGUGGGAGCUACUUACUGCAAAGGUAGAUAUGAUGCAACCACUACUCCAUUGUAAUCUGCAGAUGCUAUGUUCUUCGCAAAAUAUUUUAUUUCCAAAAGAACGAUCUAUUAAUUAUUUAAAUUCUUAUCAUGUUAGUUGAAACUUAUUCGUGGCAAUAUUCUCAGCUUCCGUACGAGUAUUUGACGCCUCUCCAAGCAGCGGUAGGGGUGGUUCAGAAGGUACAUUCUCCUUGGUCAUUUGUAGUUCAAAUCAUAAAUCGUCAUUCGCGCUUUGUUUUCUCCGCCUUGCUAGCCUAUAGGAGAGUUGUCUUCUUUACGCUAGCCUAUGAUAAUUAUUUCGUUAUAGAAGAAACGAAAAUGGAGAUUCACUGUAAAACUUUAAAAGACCAAAUGAAAAAAAAAACCCGUUGAAAAUGUUAUCAACCAAAAUAUUAUCAGCAGGGUUGGGUUUCUGGCUUGGGUUUCCUCUACCACCGCCAGUAGUAGUGCUCCUCCACUUACAGCACGCUAGCUCUUGGUCAACGUGGAAGGAGGUCGGACUAUUCGACGAGUUAGAUGGGUGGUGUCGGGGCUCGGGUGAUGAGAAUGUAUCAGCGUCAACUGUUGCUCUGUUGCAUAUAUCCUUCUCCGAAUUCCUUUUUCUUUUUCUUUUUCUUCUUUUUUCCUUAAACUUUCUUGGCUCAGGAUCUCGCUUUAUCUGCAAACCUUUUGUCUACCUGGUUUAAAAAAAUAAAUCCGGAGCUCAAAGUUAGCCAAACCAUAAGGGAAAGCUCCGGAGGAAAGCUCAGACAACUUCUCUAUGGGAUAGGAAGAUGUUCGCUUGGGCCAUAUUUGCCAUCUCUGCAGUUUUUUUCCGAGUCAGUAGUCGUCCUUAUUUCCAGGGUCUGAGGCCGACCAUACCGAAGAACACCGACCCGCGGUUGACAGAGCUCCUGGAACGAUGCUGGCGGCAGGACCCCAACCAGAGGCCGGAUUUCUCGCAAAUACUGGAGAUACUGCAGAAUAUUGCGAGGGAGGUAAUGGUGCACCAUACCCUAGCAUAAAAAUCUGCUAGCCUCGGAUUCUUCCCUCAUUUUGACUACUCAGCAGGUGGGAGACGAAUCCGAGGACCGCCGCAAGGAGAGGUCAACUGGCAGAUUCCUCUCGGUCCUCAGGCGGGGCCAUUGA